AUGGGUUACUUGCAGCAUUCGAUACCCAAAUCGGCCCAGAUACUUUGCAAGAGCAAUCAGUGGAAGAAAUGGAGACGAUCGACUGGACACCCACCACUGUCGAAGCUGGCAACGCUCUUGGAUAUCGGUCAAGAGCCCAACACUGCCAACACCAGCCUUGACUACUACGUCUUCCCAGUCGAGGAUUUCGAACCACGACGUGGAAACGUCCGAGAACAGCGGGCUGCCACUUGUUCUGUCGAUACCAAAGAAAAAGAGAAGGUUGCUCAAACGCUCCAGGACAGAUUAUUCACCAGCGCCUUCCUCUGGUGA